AUGGGGUCAUCUGUGUCGAAGGCUGCCCUCGGGGCCACCACGGAGGAGUUCGUGGAACCCGAACCAAAACACCUAGCUGAUCUAAUACAGUACAUAAAUGAAACAAAUAAGAGUGUUGAACCCCUGGCUGAUGUUCUUUCUGAAAAAACAAGGAGCAGCAGCUGGGUGGUGGUGUUCAAAGCCCUGGUUACUGUGCAUCAUCUUAUGGUGCAUGGAAAUGAGCGUUUUAUCAAACAUCUUGCAUCUAGAGAUUCUUUGUUCACUUUACAAAACUUCCUGGAUAACAGUGUCACAGAAGGCCCUACUAUGUCAGCUUUCAUCAGACAGUAUAGCAGGUACUUGAAUGAAAAGUCACUCGCAUAUAGACUGAUUGCAUCUGACAUCACCAAAACCAAGAGAGGGAUGGAUGGUAUGAUGAGAACUAUGAAUACUAAAGAGCUGCUCAACACACUUCAAAUAAUUCAAAUUCAGUUUGAUGCUCUUCUUAAUUUUAACGCAACUCCUGAUGAACUAACUAAUGGUAUAAUACAUGCUGCUUUCAUGCUCCUCUUUAAGGAUUCUCUUUGCCUCUUUGCAGCCUACAAUGAGGGAAUCAUUAAUCUGCUAGGCAAGUUUUUUGACAUGAGGAAGAGCCAAUGUGAGGCAAGUUUGGAUAUUUACGUCAAAUUCCUUGACAGAACAACCAAACUGGCACAGUUUCUGAAAGUUGCAGAGGAAGUUGGAAUUGACCAAAACGACAUUCCAUAUAUUACUCAGGCACCCCACAGUUUACUCGAAGCACUAAAACAGCAUUUAGCUUCUUUGGAAGAGAAAAAUGAUGAUUUUCUUCCUUCCAAUCUCCAGCAUUCAUUGAUUCCCUCCACCUCAGAUAGUUCACUUGCGAAAGCUUCAUCAAGCCAAGCUUUGUUUUCAGCCUACAAUCCUGUUAAAGCCAGACAACCUUAUGGAACAACAACAGGAAACAAUCUUGAUGACCCAUUUCCCAGCCUCAUAGAAAAUUUUAAAUUCGGAGAAAGCCUAGUCAACAAAUUUGAUGUGAAGUCUCAUCCGUCUUCAGAGAUGGAAAUUGCUGAUGGAAUGAACUGGUCAUUGAGUCCCACUUCUAUUGAGCCUUUUGUCUACAAGGUACCACUUCCAGUGGCCUGUCCAGUGACUUCACAGCAUGUGCCUAUGUAUGGAAUGGUUCCAGUUUCAGUGGGAUCUCCUUUUUCAGUGAAACCUCAAUCCGUGAUUUAUAACCAACCAGGCUUAGGGCCCAGAAUAUUUCCACUUUAUCAACCAGAAAUAAGGGACAAUCUAUGUGGAAGUAUCGAAGAAAAAAUAUUUGAAUUUAGACGUAAAAAAAGUGAUGACCUCUCUACAGCCUCAUCCACAUCUUCCAAGUAAUAUAAACAUUAGAUCCUCUUGAGAUUCUUCAGUUUAAUGUUUUGGAGAUGAUACACUGUAUUUCUUUUGUUUUAUUAGCUAUC